AUGAGUAGAAAAGAUCCUGCUUGGAAGUAUAGUGUUGAAAUAGAAGUGCCGGAAAAAGGUGGAAAAAAAGGAUACAAGUAUUUAAAGUGUAAUUUUUGUAGUAAAGAUAUUAAGGGAGGGGUGAAGAGAGUGAAAGAACAUCUUGCUUGUACACACAAAGAUGUAAAACCAUGUCCUAAAGUACCUAAAGAAGUCAAGGAGGAGAUAAGUCAAUAUUUGAAAGACUAUGAAACUACAAAAUUUAUUUCUCAACGAAAGUUUGAUGAGGCGGUGGAUUGUGGAUCCUACUUUGGUGAUGGACCUAGUGGUUUUGGUAGUGGCAAUCCUUUGGAGGGUGUGAAUUCUUGUCCUAGCAAUAGUUCUAGAGGUGUUAGAGGGCCUAUGGAUCGAUUUAUGGAGAAUAAAGGAGAUGAGGAAAAUGAAAAAAAUACCGCUGCCACAAAAAUGACUCCAACGAGUGCUAAAGAGCAUCGAAAUCAAGUAUGUUUAGAUAUUGGGAGAUUCUUUUUUGAGAAUGGGAUCCCAUUUAAUUGUGCAAGAAGCCCAUCAUAUUUCAAUAUGUUGCGUUCGGUUGGGAAUUAUGGUCGAGGAUUGAAAGCUCCAACAAUGCAUGAAAUGAGGACUUGGAUACUAAAAGAAGAAGAGAAGACAACAUCCGAAAUUGUGAAUGAGAUCAAAGCAACAUGGAAACGAACAGGGGUUUCAUUAUUAUCAGAUGGUUGGUCAGAUAUGAGAAAUAGGAGUCUGAUCAAUUUUCUAGUUAACAAUCCCUAUGGGACUGUUUUUUUGAAAACUAUUGAUGCAUCAGAUUGUGUAAAAGAUGCACAAAAAUUGUUUGAAUUGCUUGAUGAUGUUGUUGAAGAAAUUGGAGAAGAUAUUGUCAUUCAGGUGGUCACAGAUAAUGCAAGUGCAUACAAGGCCGCUGGAAGAUUAUUAAUGGAGAAGAGAAAAAGUUUGUAUUGGACUCCGUGUGCUGCUCAUUGUAUUGAUUUGAUGCUUGAGAAAAUUGGAGAAUUGCCACAACAUAAAAAUGCUUUGCUUAAAGCAAAGAGAGUUAGCAAUUUCAUCCAUAACCAUCAAUGGGUGUUGAGUUUAACAAGAAAAUUUGCAAAGAAAGAUCUUCUUCGACCAGCUGUCACACGAUUCGCCACUGCCUUUCUAACUUUAGAAAGUAUGCAUCAAUUGAAGCAACCACUACAAAUGAUGUUUGUUUCAAAAGAAUGGUCAAGUUGUGCAUGGGCAAAGAAACCUGAAGGGAAAGCUGUGAAGAAAAUCAUAAUGAAUGAUAAUACAUUUUGGCCUAGUGUGGUUUAUUCCAUAAAAACCACAAAGCCCCUUGUGAAUGUUUUAAGAAUAGUUGAUGGUGAGAGGACACCGGCAAUGGGAUUUAUUUAUGGUGCUAUGGAUGAGGCAAAAGAAAAGAUAGCAAAGAACUUAGAUGGAGACGUGUCUUCAUAUAAGGAGAUUUGGGAGAUCAUUGAUCAAAAGUGGGAGUUUCAAUUGCAUCGCGACUUGCAUGCAACUGCAUAUUACUUGAAUCCUCGAUUCAGAUGGAGUCCCAAUGUUUCCGAGCAUCCAGAGAUUAAAACUGGUUUGUAUAAGUGCAUGGAUAGACUCAUCAAGGACCAAGAAACAUAUGUGAAGGUCGAUGCCCAACUUGAUGAGUAUAAAUACAAGCGAGGAUUGUUUGGCUUCAGAUCAUCCUUAACAUCAUACUUAACACAUCCACCUGUUGAAUGGUGGGACAACUUUGGAGAUGAAGUUCCAGAACUCAAGUCAUUUGCAACAAGAGUUCUAGGUCUUACUUGUUCAGCAUCGGCAUGUGAACGUAAUUGGAGUACGUUCAAUCAAGUGCACACAAAGAGAAGAAAUCGUCUGAGCACAAAAAAGAUGAAUAGUUUGGUGUACAUUAUGUACAACAAAAAGUUGAAGCACAAAUUUUUUAAGAAACAAUCACGAAGAGAGGAAGAUGAUCCUUUGAUUGUUGAAAAUGUGUCUUCUGAUGAUGAAUGGGUAGCCAAUCCAAAUGAUGAAGAGGAUGGUGAUAGUAGAGCAAUCGAAGUUGGUGGGGAAAUUGAGAUUGAGGAUGAGGGCGGAAGUUUAGCACCGAGGAAGAGGAAAAGAAAUCAAGCACCAAUUGAAGUGAAUUUGGAUGAGGAAGAUGAAUUUGAAGGAGGAGAAGAUGACAGUGAAGAUGGAGAUGAUGGACGAGCUAUACAAUUUCAUGAGAGUGAUGAUGAAGAAAGUGAAGAGUUCUUGGAGAUUUAA